UAAAUACUUUGAAGGAUAUAUUGGAUCUUCGUGGACCACUAUAUAAAAGUCACCGUACAAUUUGCAUUCACGGUCAGUGUUCAAUAAGAGGUUUGAAAAUAUACACUACACAGUAUCUAACAGGCAUUACACACAAUGAUGAUUCAAGUAUUUUCAAUUUUGCUGGUGAUUAUAUCCGGCAUCCUUUGCAGCGGGACGCAGCAAGGAGUAUCCAGUACCCAAACUGGCCAGACAUUGCAAAUACAGCCCAAUGUAAGAAAGUACAACAAACACACUGCUACGGAAAAACCUUGUACCACUGCAGGCUCGACGACGGGCACGCGAAAGGAAAAACCGGACAACUUUUCAGAUUCGCAGGACUAUGUGCCCAUUGGUGGCGCGGCCGGACCCGGAUAUCCUUACCCGUACCCAUAUCCUUAUCAACCGUUGGGCCCUUAUCAACCAGGUGGUCCUUACUUGCAGCCAACCGGCCCUGUGCUGGUGCCGAGCGGCAACCCGUAUCGGCCGCUGCAGUACCCGUACGAACCGCAAUACGCCGUGGACGGGGCACCACCGCCACCGUACAACUACGCACCAUACUACCCCGCCGGGCCACCAUAUGUAGCAGCGCCUCCGCCGUAUUAUCCGGCCACACCGCAGCCGCUUUACGAACAACAGCCGACCGUAGUGGACGCGUAUCGCUCGCCGUUGUACCCGCCGCAGCCGGCGGAUCAGCCUCAGUUUUUCAGACAGCCCGCCGCCGCCGGAGGUUUACCGCCGUAUUACUCAUCGCCGCACUUCAGAGCCCCCGCUUACAACAGACCACCGCCAUUUCUCCAACAGCGUGACGCCCCAUUUCUCCAACAACGUGAUUCCCCAUUUCUUCAGCAACGGGAUGCCGCAGCUACCCCUGCUACCGCCACCGCCACCACUGCCGCCGCUACCAAUAACGCUGAACCACAGUACGAACAACAACAGUCCGGACCGUUCGACGGCAACCAAUUUCAUUACUAACACGGUCGAUCGUAUCAAAAACGUUUACUACCUGGUAACCACUGCGCCGCAUGAUAGACUUAGUACGGUUCUAUACAUUAUUCGCAAUAUUAUAAUUCAUUGAACGUCUACCCGACUGCAGUCUCAAUAAUGUGUAUUCUAUAUUUAUAUGAUAUUAUAAAAAAUAUAUAAUAUACAGUUCAAUUAAAUCAAUCAAAAAGAUACCUAUAUUAGAAUGCAAGUAUAUAUUACGGAUGUAUGCCGCAGUGACACCAAACUUACACUAAUUUAAGCGGUGUAUAGUAUCUAUAAAAAUGUCUAGGACAUAAUAUAGUUGUAAUCGUUUCCCGAGUGACGACUUAAGAAUAUUAUAUUCUAUUGGUUUUAAAAUAUUUUUGUCAGUUCUGUGUCACUGCAUACAGUAUAUCAGGGGUUAGUUCUUAUAAAUAACUACAGUUAUUAUAGUGAUAGUUUAUUAAUUAUGUUUAUGUGUUUAACAUAUAGAACAUUAUAUAUUAUAGUAUUAUAAUACAUUUUAAAUUACGUAUUUUAUCAAUUAUUAGUCACGUUUGUGAGCAAUAAUCGUUCAUCAAUGUAUUUUAUGACAAGUAAUUACAAAUGUAUAUAUACAAUAUUUAUUUACUAUUAAGACUACGGUAUUGUGACUUUAUUUUUCCGAUUAAAUACAAGAAUACUACUUAAACCUA